GAUCCUUCUGUUACACAAGUGACAAGAAAUGUUCCUCCAGGACUAGAUGAGUACAAUCCUUUCUCUGAUUCAAGAAUACCUCCUCCAGGAAAUGUGAAAAUGCCUGAUGUACCCAGUACGCAGCCAGCAAUAAUGAAACCAACAGAAGAACCACUUGCUUACACACAAAUUGCAAAGGAGCAUGCCUUGGCCCAGGCAGAACUGCUAAAGCGUCAAGAAGAACUGGAAAGAAAAGCAGCUGAACUAGAUCGCAGAGAAAGGGAAAUGCAGAGUCUCAAUCAGCAGGGGGGUAGAAAAAAUAACUGGCCACCUCUUCCUGAGAAUUUUCCAGUAGGUCCUUGUUUCUACCAGGACUUCUCUGUAGACAUUCCUGUAGAAUUCCAGAAGACAGUAAAGAUUAUGUACUAUUUGUGGAUGUUCCAUACAGUGACACUGUUUCUUAAUAUCUUUGGAUGUUUGGCCUGGUUUUACGUUGAUGCUACGCGAGGGGUUGAUUUUGGAUUGAGUAUUCUCUGGUUCUUGCUUUUUACCCCUUGUUCUUUUGUCUGCUGGUACAGACCACUUUAUGGAGCUUUCAGGAGUGACAGUUCAUUCAGGUUCUUUGUAUUCUUCUUUGUAUAUAUCUGUCAGUUUGCUGUACAUGUACUUCAAGCUGCAGGAUUUCAAAGAUGGGGAAACUGUGGGUGGAUUUCAUCUCUUACUGGUCUUAAUAAGAGUAUUCCUGUUGGCAUUAUGAUGAUAAUCAUAGCUGCACUUUUCACAGCAUCUGCCGUUAUCUCAUUAGUUAUGUUUAAAAAGGUGCACGGUCUGUACCGCACAACAGGUGCUAGUUUUGAGAAGGCGCAGCAGGAGUUUGCGACAGGAGUGAUGUCCAACAAAACUGUACAGACCGCUGCAGCCAACGCCGCGUCAACAGCAGCAACCAGUGCAGCUCAAAAUGCGUUCAAGGGUAACCGAAUGUAG